GACUUGUGCUCUUCCGGUACAGAGGAUACAGUUGAUCGGAGCAGUGCUCAACUCAACCUGUGCCAGGGCGUUCCUGCUGCUGGAGAGAUUUAGGGCACUGAUGAAUCUCAUCGUGGAAGUCUCUGAGUUUCCCUUUACUACGGCCAGGGUUUGCCUGCGCUUCCUAGGUCACAUGGCAGUGUGCACACAUAUGUGGUGCGUCACGCCAGGCUCCGGAUGUGAUCUCUGCAGCAAUGGCUGGCGAUGGUCUACUCCCAGUCAAGAAGAAGGUCAUCACCAUCCCUGCGACGAUACCUCGCUGCGUUGGUGGACUGACCCCAGGAAAGUCCUGGAAGGAGUUCCCUUUGUCAGCACUCGUAGUCAGUCAAGUUGGUUUUGGAAGCCUCAGCUGUCAGCUGGGGGGUGCACCUUGGCACCCUCCAGACCCAAGGUAUGUGGUCCCCAGAGGAAUCGACGCUACACAUAAACAUCAAAGAGGUUCAGGGUGGUGCACAGAGCAUACAUGGUCUUCCUACCUCACAUGUCAGGAAGAGUAGUCAGAGUUCUCAGGAACAACACAGCCUCGUUGUUCUACAUCAGCAGGCAAGGCGGAACACGAUCCUCUGCUAAGAUCUGCACUCGGUCUUUGGGACUUCAGCAUCGACCAUGGAAUCUAUCUAGAAGUGUGUCACCUUCCAGGUGCCAGGAACACACUAGCAGAUCACCUAAGCAGGGACUUCUUCUUUUACCACGAGUGGGUGCUCCACCCAGAGGUAGCCGGCAUGAUCUUCCAGCGCUGGGCAACUCCCCAAGUAGAUUUGUUUGCCACCAGGCAGAACAGGAGGUGCCACAGAUUUUGCUCCAGAUGGGACCUGGGCAAGGGCUCCCUCUCCGAUGCCUUCCUUCUGCCGUGGGCAGGAAGCCUGAUGUACGUGUUCCCUCUGAUUCUGCUCAUCAGCAAGGCCUUAGCAAAAAUCAAGAGAGACAAGGCGCAGGUUAUCAUGAUUACCCUGGGGUGGCCGCACCAGGACUGGUUCGGGACACUAUCAAGCUUGUCAGCAAUCCCUCCCUGGUCCCUGCCGAACCAACCGCACCUGCUGUCACAAGAUCACAGCCAACUCUUGCACCUCAACCUUGUGUCCCUCCACUUCACGACAUGGAUGUUGCGUGGCUGAACCCAGAUGUACGGGCCUGUUCGGAAGGGGUCCAGAAGGUCCUCCUUGAGAGUAGAAAACCCUUGAUUAGGCAGACCUACCUGGCAAAGUGGAUGAGGUUCUCCCGCUGGGCAGCCGAACGGGGCAUCUCCCUUUUGCAUUCUUUGGUGCAGUCCAUCUUGGACUACCUGCUUCAUUUAAGGAACCAGGGCCUGGCACUCUCCUCUAUCAGGGUGCACCUGGCAGCCGUUUCAGCCUUUCAUCUACCAAUCCAGGGGCAGAUGGUGUUCUCCCAUGAUGUGAUGAUCAGGUUCCUUAGAGGUCUCGAGAGACUCUUUAUCAAGUCUGGUCCCCGGCCCCUCAGUGGGAUCUCAACUUGGAUCUGUCCAGGCUCAUGGGCCCUCCCUUUGAGCCUUUGGACUCGUGCUUCCUAUCUCCCUUAUCAUGGAAGGUAGCUUUCCUGGUGGAAGUGAUGUUGGCGAGGCGGGUCUCCGAGCUGUGAGCCCUGACCUCAGAACUGCCGUACAUGGUCUUCUAUAAGGACAAGGUCCAGCUCCGGCCCCACCCAGCCUUCCUUCCAAGGUGGUGUCUGCUUUCCACAUGAAGUAGGACAUCUUCCUUCCGGUGUUCUGCCCUAAGCCCCAUGAGAUAGUGAAGAAAGGCACUGUGAUAUUCUUUUCUGGUGUUAUCUGGACCGGUGAUCUGCUAGGUCACUCCAAUCCAAUAAGCCAGCCUUAUCCUGCUCUGCUGUGAGAACUCCCACUCCUUGGCUGUUCACACACAGCUCUGGCAUGUAAGCUGCUCUUUGGAUUGUGCAACCGAAUGACACUAGCCAAUAUCCCUGAUCCCAGACACAUGCCUUGCAACCUCCAUCUUGCAGUAUCCAGUUAUGCCUGCU